CACAACCUCAACAAACAACUAUCAUUUCUUCUACUCUUCCUAGCUAUCUUUUGGCAUUAUUUUCCACAUUAUCAAAUGGAGAGAGUGACAAAGCUGGCAUCUGAGAAGCCGGUGGUGAUCUUCAGCAAGAGUUCGUGUUGCAUGUCCCACACCAUCAAAACCCUUUUCUACGACCUCGGGGUUUACCCUGCAAUUUACGAACUCGAUGAGAUCCCUGGAGGAUGCGAAAUCGAACAGACUCUCCUAAGGCUCGGUUGUAAUCCUUCCGUUCCGGCUGUCUUCAUUGGCGGUGAACUUGUUGGUGGAGCUAACAAGAUCAUGAGUCUUCAUCUUAAUCGGUCCUUAAUUCCAAUGCUUAGACAAGUGGGAGCCCUUUGGGUUUAAUCUCAAAAUUAAAUUAACCACUAACAUGCAUGCUAAGGCACUAAUAAAGAUGUGAUUAUAAUAUAAUAUAUGUAGUCAUGAGAAUAUAGAUUUCAGGUCUAUUUAACGGUACAAUGUAUAGAGUACUGCUUUAUAUGAUCUUACUAAUUGACGAGUCUUCGUAUGUUAUCUUUUUGUAAUGUACUAAUUAUGUUUUUGGAGUAUUAUAUAAAAGUUACGAGUUACAUUAACAA